AUGUGUUUAAUUUUGAGUCAGGGACGAUUUGUUGAAACGCAAGUCGUAAAAUUGAGGUUUUCGUGAUUUAAAUAAUUUUAUAAUGGCUGCAAUACGAUCGCGGGCCUGUCGAUUGUUCGCGAAAGCUGUCGGAGAAAUUCGGGUAUCCAAUCGUUGCGUGUCGCAUUUCGUCUACACUCCCGAUGCCUCAUCACAGGAUGGCGACACGACGAGAUUGAAUCUCUUCCAGUCUAUUAAUGCCGCUAUGGAGACUGCUCUGAAGACCGACCCUACCGCCAUCAUUUUUGGCGAAGACGUUGGAUUCGGUGGUGUUUUCCGUUGCACUAUUGGAUUGCAAGAAAAAUACGGCCGGGAUCGAGUGUUCAAUACACCUUUAUGUGAACAAGGCAUAGCAGGAUUCGCUAUCGGGGCUGCAGUUGCCGGAGCGACCGCGAUCGCAGAAAUUCAGUUCGCCGAUUACAUAUACCCUGCGUUUGACCAAAUUGUCAACGAAGCAGCCAAAUAUCGCUACAGAACAGGGAAUCUGUUUAACAGCGGAAAAUUGACGAUACGCACCCCGUGUAUGGCGGUUGGUCACGGAGCGCUUUACCAUUCUCAGUCUCCGGAGGCCUUUUUCGCGCAUUGUCCGGGUCUGAAAAUCGUAAUACCUCGUGGACCGGUGAAAGCUAAGGGCUUGCUGUUAUCCUGCAUUCGUGAUCAGGAUCCGUGUAUUUUCAUGGAGCCUAAAGUCCUAUAUCGUGCCGCAGUCGAAGAUGUGCCGAAUGGAGAGUACGAGCUUCCCCUCGGUAAAGCAGAUAUACUUCGGGAAGGUGCUGAUGUUACCCUGAUAGGUUGGGGAACCCAGGUUCAUGUAUUGAAAGAGGUCGCCGAAAUGGCCGAAAGUCAGUUGGGUGUUUCCUGCGAAGUGAUCGACUUGGUCUCCAUCAUCCCGUGGGAUAAAGAAACCAUUUUCAAGUCCGUUUGCAAAACUGGCAGAGUCGUUAUUGCGCAUGAAGCCCCUCUGACGGGCGGUUUUGGUGCUGAAAUCGCAGCUUCCAUACAGGAGGAGUGUUUUUUGAAUUUGGAGGCCCCUGUCACACGAGUUACGGGAUGGGAUACGCCGUUUCCUCACGUCUUCGAACCAUUUUACAUCCCUGACAAAUGGCGUUGUUUUGAAGCCGUGAAGAAACUGAAAGAGUUCUGAAUCUGCGAUGAAACUCACCGGUUGUGACCAUGGAAUCUCUGCUAAGAUUUUGAUACGCUCAAAUUGUCAGCAGAUUUCGAUCAUGUUCUUUUCGAAUCAUGUGCAAUACCUAGUUUUCAUUCUACUUAAGCUAACGUAUUUUUGGCUGUUGGAAUCCGUGCCGGUUAUUUUCUUUCGAGGUCUGGUUUUGUUACAUUGCGAGCUGUGUUUGCGGGGAUUUGUAGUUUCGUUUGUUCGUUGACGAAUGCUGCUUGGGGUUUUCAGAGUGAUGUUUUUUGUUUUGCCAAUUACGAUACUACGUGGAAUGCAUCGUAACAAAUCGCGA